AUGUCUGUGACUAGAUCGCUAACCAAUCGGAUAGAUAAGGAUGUUGUAAUGAGCUGGGUGGGGCAGGAGGAAUUAUUGGAGUAUGUUGAGCGAUUGAAAAUUGGAGGGAUUGAUGCUAAGGAGGUUUUUGAGUUGUGCCAGCGGGCGAUGGGGAUUUUAGCACAAGAGUCGAGUUUAUUGGUACUGAAUGCGGAAGUGUUGAUUGUUGGGGAUAUUCAUGGACAGUUCUUUGACUUAUUGGAGAUUUUAGGGAUUGAAGGGGUGGAUCAGUACUUGUUUUUAGGGGACUAUGUGGAUCGUGGGGCCAAUUCGUUAGAGACGAUUUUGGUGUUGUUGUACAUGAAAGUGCGCUGGCCGGAUAAAGUAUGGUUGUUGCGUGGCAAUCAUGAAUCUAAGCGGUUGUCUUUGGCCUAUGGGUUUUAUGAGGAAUGUAUUCGGGCGUAUGGGAGUCCGGUGGUUUGGGAGAUGAUUUGUGAAGUGUUUGAUUAUCUGCCUUUGGCGGCCGUGAUUGACCAGGAGACUUUUGCCGUGCAUGGUGGGAUUGGGCCGAGUACGAGUUUAGAUAAGAUUUUAGGGAUAGAUAGGGUUGGGGAUGUGCCGUUGAGUGGAGUAGUGACCGAAUUGCUUUGGAGUGAUCCGGAUGAGGGCGUGCUUGAAUUUACAGCGAACAGUCGUGGGGCUGGGUACUUGUUUGGCGCGGAACAGGUAGCGCAGUUCUUGCAGGAAAGUGGAUUGAAACGGAUUAUUCGGUCGCACCAGUUAGUGGAGCAGGGGUACAAUGAGAUGUUUGGUGGGCAAGUAGUGACGGUUUGGAGUGCACCGAAUUAUUGUUAUCGCUGUAUGAACAAAGCUACAGUGAUAAAGUUAGGCCGGGAUGGGAGCAUUGAGUACAUUGAGGUGCCAAUGGCUGAGAAUCAGCGCGGGAAACCUAAACCGUCUCUUUAUUUCCUCUAG